CAGAGUGAUUGAAUUUGAGCUGCGCUGCCUCGCCGUGACAGAGCAGCUAAAUAUAACCUGCAGCUGAGCCGCGGCCUGACAGGACGGGAGUCACACACGCCGCCGCCGCCGCGCAGGAUGGAGGACGAGGCUCCAGCCAAGCGCUCCGUCGCCGAACUGGCCGGGAGGUUUAGCUCCGCCCCUCCGGACGCCACAGGAAGCAAAGCGGAGCCUCCUGUCAGACGGCGCCCCCCUCGGACCUUACAGCUUCCUAAACCGGCCGAGCAACACGAGACACCUGCUGCUGUCACCUCUCCUGUGAAAGCCAAGAGGAACUCGGCUCUGAUCGAGAAGCUGCAGGCUAACCUGGCUGUCUCGCCCAUGCUCACCUCUCCUAAGAGUCCCGGGCUCAAGUUACUGCCCCCCUCCUUCGUACCCCCCUCCCCCUGCUCCGUUGCCGUGGUAACGCCCACCAGCCCCUGCGUCUCUGCUCCCGCCAAGAGUGAAGAGGAAGGCCCCGCCUCCUUCGAAGCCCCUCCCACUGCCGUAGAGGGAUCCAUACUGCAGAGCAUCAACAAGGGCCGAGCCCGCCACUCCAUCAGGCGCCGCCCUCCGUCCCGCCGCCACAGGAAGUCCAGCAGCGGGGAGGAAGUGGACACGCCCCUUUUGUCUCCCAGUGACCCCGAGGCCAAAACAACAACCACAACAACAACAACAACAAAAACAACAACAACGACGGUGACGGCAGGAGAGACGGACGGCGAGGCUUUCAGACAGGAAGACACAACGGAGCAGCCCAAGUCCUCCACACCUGAAGAAGAAACUGCAUCAAACUGCACAGAAGAAGACAGGAAGCAGCAGGAGGAGGAGGAGGAGGAGGAGGAGGAGGCGCCUGGAUCUUCAUCAGAGAGGAAGGAGGAGGAGGAGGAGGAGGAGGAGGAGGAGGCGGGCAGAAACCCCACAGGAGAGCAGGAGGAAGGUCCCGGUCCAGACGAGGAGGAGAAGGCGAGCACGGAGAGGAAGGAAGACGCCGGCCAAAGCGAGCAGACAGACUGUCCGAGCUCAGAGGGAUGAUGACAGCAGCGACCCGGGCGAGGGCCCCGGGCCGCGGAGUGACCCUCGAGCCUGCGGCGAAAACCUCCAGGACAGGAAGUGAGGCGGCGGCGCGGUCCUGUCCGCAGGAGCAAAGAUGGCGGCGCUGAGCUGCUGCUUCCUGCUGUAAAGAGACAAACUGAGGAGGCGGAGCUCCUCAGGACGCUGAGAGCCACCGCCUGUUUGAUUCCUGAAAUGUGAAAUAAGAACGCCCACCCCUGUCCUCCAGCGUCCCUCCGAGCGCCUCGUCGCUGAGCUCAGAUUCUAACCUGAACCCGCCGCUUUUUAAUCUGCCGCUUGCUGUUUGGAGGCGUGUUUACCUGGAUUUACCUGGAUUGAACUGGAUUGAACUGGAUUGAACUGGAUUGAACUGGAUGUUUCUGCUGCCUGAUGUCUUGUGUGUCUGUGUUUUGAGUUCGCUCCGAGUCGCCGCCACGUCGCGCUUACCGCCAAAGACGUUUUCUACCGGGACGUUUUUCUAAACAAACGCUCAGAUUCAUUUCGAUGUGAGGCUACCAGGAGGGACUUUAGGACCCAGGAGCCUCAGUGCAUGACAGGUGGGGGGGGGGUGGGGACAGGUGUGUCAGUGGGAGGUGCUUAGGUAGGAAAAGGUAAAAGCUGGAAUUCACGCUUCGCUAAGCCCCGCCCUCCUCGGUUACUGUUGCUAUGUCUGUCGAGCUUUCACACCCGGCGUGAAAUAAUGGAAAUAACUUUCUGGAAUAAUACGCUUGCUAACGUGGGAUCGCACAGUUGGGCGGGGCUUCUAGGGCGGGGCUUAGCGAAGGGUCACUGUGGCAGGUGGCUGUCUCACCAAAGCCCCUCCCACUGACACACCUGUCAGCCGCCGAGGCUCCUGGGUCCUAGAGUCCGCCCUGCAGCAGUCAGUGUUGGCUGAUGUGUUACAGCAGGUGUGCGAGGUGUGUGAGGUGUGUGAAGGGUGUGUGAGGUGUGUGAGGUGUGCGAGGUGUGUGAAGGGUGUGUGAGGUGUGCGAGGUGUGCGAGGUGUGUCGGCUGUAACUUUAAUGAUCCAAACACUGAAAUACAAAGGAAAGGAUUUGAGAUGUAAAAAA